AUGGCCGCCACAUUCACCCUCGACGAAGUGCGCAAGCACAACAGCAAGAACGACGUUUGGAUGGUUAUUCACAACAAGGUCUACAAUGCCACAUCAUACCUCGAGGAUCACCCCGGUGGCUCCAUCAUUCUUCGUGAGGUUGCCGGUACCGAUGCGACCGAGCAGUUCGUCGAAGUCGGACAUUCUGCCGAGACCGACGAUAUCCUAAAAGAGCUCUACGUUGGUGAUUUGGCCGAAGAUGAACACGCCGAGGAGGUCGAGAUCUUCAGGCCAACAUUCGAAAAGGUCGCCAUGGAGGCCGCUGUCGACGUCAAGCAGCUCGCCAAUUCCAAGCUCAGGAAGAACGGCAAGAAGACCGUCGCCAUGUCUUCCAUCAUCGCCAGCGUCGGCGCCGUCGGUCUUGCCAAGGGCUGGUGGACUGGCCCCGAAUGGGCUAUGGCCGCCGUCACCACCGCGCAGAAGCCCAUCGGCCAGCUCGCCGACUUCAUCCGCUCCAAGUUCGCCCAAAACGGCGGCUCUUCCAAGCUUUUCUGGUGGGGUGUCGGCAUCGCCACCGUCGUCGAGCUCUCCCUGACCACCGCCGUCACCACCUGGGCUCUUUCCAAGUUUGAGGCCCAGAAGGAGUUUACCCACUUCCCCCGUAGCCGUCCGGCCAAGAAGGAGCGUAAGAUGGCCAUCCUCAAGAUCCCCACCAACUCCACCAGCGGUCCCGCCGUCAAGCCUCCCGUGAAGGUGAUCGACCCCGCGGACUGGCGCAAGUUCAAGCUCGUCCGCAAGGUGUUGGUUUCCCCCAACGUCUUCCACCUCGUCUUCGCCCUCCCCCACCCCACCGACGUCCUCGGCCUUCCCACCGGCCAGCACAUCGCUCUCCGCGCCAACAUCGACGGCAAGUCCGUCUCGCGCUCGUACACCCCCGUGUCCAACAACUCUGAUCUCGGCCGCGUCGAGCUCCUCAUCAAGGUCUACGACAAGGGUCUCAUGACCAAGCACCUCGAGGGCAUGCAAAUCGGCGACCAGAUCGAGAUCCGCGGCCCCAAGGGCGCCAUGCAGUACGCCCCCAACAGCUAUGCCAAGGAAAUCGGCAUGAUUGCCGGCGGUACCGGUAUCACGCCCAUGUACCAGCUUAUCCGCGCCAUCUGCGAGGACGAGAGCGACAAGACCAAGAUCUCGCUGCUGUACGCCAACAACACCGAGGCCGAUAUUUUGCUGCGCCAAGAGCUCGACGGCUUCGUCAAGGCCUUCCCCGAGAAGUUGUCCGUGCAGUACGUCCUUAGCCAGGGGGACGAGAACUGGAAGGGCCUCAAGGGCUUCGUCACGGCCGAUAUGAUCAAGCAGUUCUUGCCUCCUGCGGCGGAUAGCACCAAGAUGCUUCUUUGCGGUCCUCCUCCCAUGGUGGCUGCUAUGAGCAAGAACCUGGUUUCUCUUGGCUUCAAGGCCCCGGGUACGCUUUCCAAGGCUACCGAUCAGGUCUUCCUUUUCUAA